ACCAACUCUUUCUGGACUUCAGGCACAAAUCAGGGCUUCGGCUGCGAAUUUACAUACGGGUUUUGCGGCUCGAUGACGCUUCUGUACCAAAAUUUCUCAAACUGGACGCCGGGACAGCCUGCAAAUCCGUUGACGGAACGUUGCAUGGAGAUGAAAAUGGAAUUCGACCCGAAACUGAUGGUUUUCAAUGACUUUGACUGCGCACAAACACGAUUAUUCAUCUGCGAGGGCGAUCAAAGUGAAUGCAGUCCUACUUGUCCAAGCAAAUCAACUUGCGUCAAACAAAACGAUAAUUUCAACUCGAAAGGACAACUGCUGAACGCAUUUAGCUACGGACGGUGGGCGACUGGAACAGACAAAACCUAUCUAUACGGCACCAAAUACGCGCUAACUUGGACGGCAGCCUACAACACGUGCUGUUCCAUAGGAAUGGAAUUGCUCUCGGUUGCGUCCGACCAGGAAAUGCAAAACGUCUUCAACCUGAACAAUAACAACAAUUUGCUCAAGUACAACUUGGAUUUUUGGACGAGCGGAACGCAAUUAGGCUGCAACUUCCGCUACAACUACUGCUCAACCGGAACUAUGUUCUCUUGGGACGACUUAAAAUGGAACACGAACCAGCCGGACAACACGAACGAGCAGCAGUGGUGCGUCAAUUCGCAUUUCGGGCCGGCCGCGUCCUACAGCCUGAGUGCGGCCUAUCUCGAUGACGUGCCUUGCACCAACUCGCACAACUUCAUUUGCCAGAUGCCAGCCACACCCUGUAACUCGGUUCCUUGCUUCGAUUACAACUGCACCGUCGAUCCCACCAAAUCUGCCCAAGUGACAGCAAUGUCAGGUCCGGAUGGACAGUUUGGAACGUUUUGCGGACGAAAAUACUUCUACCACAAAGACUCAAAAACUAGCAAAGACGCGUAUUACGAGUGCUGCAAAUUCGGGAUGAAACUCGUUUCUGUCGAGACGGACGCUGAACGAGUUUGCAUACACAACGGAUUCAUGACCGCCGGUUGGACCGCAGGCUCCGUUUGGACUUCGGGAACGGACAACGGAAUCGGGUGCGUCGGCAAGUUCGGCUGGUGCCCAGAUGGAACUUUUCUGGGCAGUGACGCCAAAUGGGGUGCGACACAGCCUGACCUGCCUUACGUCGAGAGUUGCGUCCACCUGAACAUUGUGGGUGGAGAUGGCUCGGCAACCCAUUUCAACAACUACCCGUGUGAUAUUGCAUCUCGUUUUCUCUGCGAACAACCUGUGUAGAUUUAGAAACGGAAAUGGAAGGAUGGCCUCGAGAUAGAAUAUA